CAACACUGUCACUGUCUAAACAAAGAAAAAUUAGAAAUUAGAACACUGUAUAAACUGAACUCAAUUAUGCAAGUAAUCUUAUUUGUGUGCUUAAAAAGUGUCAACAAUAGCUACAGAAGUGAAGCCAUUGUGAAGAAAACAGAUCUCACCAUAACUCGGCUAUACUUUCACUCCAAUUUUCACAAUCUUUCUUUUCUUUGAUUUGGUCACUUCCUUUCCAACCAUGCCGGUCCUAGAAACACUUGGUGGUGCUCUUUUUGGUGCUGUACUUCAGGUGCUAUUUCACAAGCUGGAUUCUCAUCAAGUUUUGGACUAUUUUCGUGGGAGAAAACUCAAUGAGAAGCUGCUGAAAAAUUUGAGGAGGAAGUUGGUGUCCAUCAAUGCGGUGGUUGAUCAUGCAGAACAAAAGAAGUUCAGAAAUGCAUAUGUUAAAACGUGGCUUGAUGACGUCAGAGACGUGUUGCUUGACACAGAGGAUCUGCUUGAUGAAAUACACUAUGAAUUCUUGAAAAGUGAGUCAGAACUUGAAUACCAGAGCAGUGCUAUCAAGGUACGCAGUUUUGAAUGCAAGCUCAAAGAAGUCCUUGAUGACCUUGAAUUUCUUUUAAACCAAAAGGAUGAUUUAGGUCUGAAAAAUGUAUGUGGUGUCGUAUCCGAAUUGGGUAAUAAACUGUUAGAGGGAAAAAAUGAAUCCUCAUCGUUAGUGGUUGAAGAUAUUAUUUAUGGAAGAGAUGAGGACAAAGAAAUUAUCCUUAAUUGGCUGACUUCAGAUAAUGGCAAUCGUAACCAUCUGUCAAUACUUGCUAUUGUGGGUAUGGGUGGGAUGGGUAAGACCACACUUGCCCAACAUGUAUACAAUGACCCAAAGAUGAAGGAAGUUGGAUUUGAUGAAAAAGCUUGGGUUUGUGUUUCUGAUGAAUUUGAUGUUUUGAAAGUAUCAAAAGCCAUUAUUGGGGCUUUCACAAAAUCAAGAGAUGACAGUGAAGACAUAGAAAUGGUUCAUGGAAAAUUGAAAGAAAAAUUGACAGGAAGGAAGUUUCUUUUGGUUCUGGAUGAUGUUUGGAACGAAGACAGAAACCAAUGGAAAACAUUGCAAACACCUCUUCGAUAUGGAGCUAAAGGAAGUAAAGUUCUUGUCACAACACGCAGUAACAAAGUGGCUUCUAUCAUGCAGUCAAGCUCCGUACACCAACUAAAGCAAUUACAAAAAUAUUACAGUUGGCAAGUAUUUGCUAAACAUGCAUUGCAAGAUGAUAACUCUACGUUGAGUUGUGAGUUGGAAGAGAUUGGUACGAAGAUAGUUGAGAAGUGCAAAGGAAUGCCUCUAGCCCUUGAAACACUGGGAUGUCUUUUACGCACAAAGUCUUCUGUUUCAGAGUGGGAAGGUGUAUUGACAAGCGAGAUAUGGGACUUAUCCAUAGAAGAUAGUAAAAUCAUCCCUGCUUUGUUGUUGAGUUAUUACCAUCUUCCUUCUCAUCUCAAGAGAUGUUUCGCUUACUGUGCGUUAUUUCCCAAAGACCAUAAGUUUGACAGGGAGACCUUAAUUCAAUUAUGGAUGGCCGAGAGUUUUCUACAAUGCUCUCGGCAAAGCAAGUGUGCAGAAGAAGUAGGUGAACAGUACUUCAAUGAUUUGUUAUCAAGGUCAUUCUUUCAACAAUCAAUUAAUGACAAUGAAACAUGUUUUGUCAUGCACGACCUUCAUAAUGAUUUGGCAAAAUAUGUUUGUGGUGAAAUCUGCUUCAGGUUGGGAGUUGAUAGAGCAGAAAGAGUGCCAAAGACAACCCGUCACUUUUCAACUGUAAUCGAUCCUGUUCAAGAUCGUAAGAGUUUAUGUGAUGCUAAAGGGCUACGAACGUUUAUAUCCUUUUCGGCGGAUUGUGAGAUAUCAAUACAAGAGUUGGUCUCAAACUUUAAGUUCUUAAGGGUCUUGUCUUUAUCUUGCUAUAAAGUAAAAGAGGUGUCUGACAUCAUAGGCAAUCUUAUACAUCUUCGUUCAUUAGACCUUUCAAACACAGGCAUAAAGAAACUUCCUGACUCAACCUGUUCACUCUGUAACUUGCAAGUAUUGAAGCUGAACAAUUGUUUCAAUUUGCAGGAGUUGCCAUCGAGUUUGCAUAAACUCACCAAUUUGCGCCGCUUUGAACUUGUGGGAACUACUUUAAGAAAAGCUCCAAUUCUUUUAGGAAAAUUGAAGAAUCUUCAAGUAUGGAUGGGUAGGUUUGAUGUUGGCAAAAACAGUCAAUUUGGUAUUCAAUUAGGAGAACUUGAUCUUUAUGGACAGUUGUCUAUUAGAAAUCUUGAAAAUAUUAUGAAUCCCUAUGAUGCAUUGGCAGCAGAUUUGAAGAAUAAAACACAUCUUGUGGCGCUAUAUUUAGAAUGGAGUUUGAGGCGGAACAAUGAGGAUUCAAUAAAAGAAAGAGAAGUACUUGAGAAUCUGCAACCUUCGAGACAUUUGAAGCAUUUGUUAAUCGAUGGCUAUGGUGGCACACAUUUUCCACGUUGGUUAUCUGAUAAUUCUCUAUCAAAUGUGGAGUCCUUAACCUUGAAUAACUGCAGAUACUGUCAACGGUUGCCUUCCCUUGGACUGUUGACAUUUCUCAAGCACUUGACAAUCCGUGGCCUUGAUUGGUUAGUGAGGAUAGAUGCUGAUUUCUACGGAAAUAGUUGUUCUGCAUUUGCAUCCUUGGAAACGUUGAGCUUUAUUGAUAUGAAGGAAUGGGAAGAAUGGGAAUGCAUGACGGGUGCUUUUCUAAGUCUUCAACAUCUUUCUGUGACGAACUGUCCCAAAUUGAAAGGGCACUUGCCAGAGCAACUUUCUCAUUUAAAGAUACUAACUAUUGAUCAAUGCGAACAAAUUGAGGCUUCGAUCCCCAAGGGUGUAGAAAUUGAAGAUGUGAAGAUGGAGGCUUCUUCAUUUGAUAUGAUAGGGCCCCUAGUAUUUGAUACUCCUCUUGAAUCCUUAAGUAUUUAUUCUUGUCCGGGCAUAAACAUGCCCUUAAACCAUUGGUACUCUUUGCUUGUAGAAUUGGAUAUCAGUGAAAGCUGUGACUCUCUCACGAACUUCCCUCUAGACAUUUUUCCAAAACUUUGCGACCUUUGUUUAAACGAGUGUCAUAACCUACAGAUGAUAUCGCAGGGGCACCCUCAUAGUCAUUUGAAGAGUCUGACAAUUCAAAACUGCUAUAAAUUUGAAUCAUUUCCCUGUGAAGGAUUAUUUGCAACGCAGCUAGAGAGCUUUUGUAUUGAAGAAUUAGACAGAUUGAAAUCAAUGCCGAGAUUCAUGUCUGUGCUCCUUCCAUCUCUUAAUUAUUUGUCCAUACGUGAUUGUCCAGGAGUGGAGUUCUCUGACGGAUGUUUGCCAUCAAAUCUAAAAGAAAUGCGUCUCUUCAACUGCUCCAAACUUGUUGCCUCACUAAAGGGUGUUUGGGGAACCAACCCUUCUCUAAAAUCCUUGUAUAUUCGUGAAGUGGAUGUGGAGUUUUUUCAGAGUGAAGGUUUUCUCCCACUUUCUCUUACUAAUUUGGAGAUAUAUGAUUGCCCAAAUCUUAAGAAACUCGACUACGAGGCUCUCUCUCCCCUCUCUUCUCUUGAGAAAUUGGAUAUUGUGAAUUGCCCCAGCCUCCAUUGCUUGCCAGAGGAAGGUUUGCCCAAAUCCAUUUUAGAACUCGGAAUCAAAAGUUGUCCGUUGCUCAAACAGCGGUGCAAGAAAGAAGAAGGUGAAGACUGGGCAAAGAUUGCUCAUAUUAAAACCAUAUGGGUUGAUUUUGAACAAGUAAACAUAGAAGACGAAGCACGAGUUGGAAAAUACUAAGGCACCAAUUCUCAUAUGCCUACAUUUUCAACAGGACACAACAAAAAUGUUUGAGACUCAUCAAACUCAAAUGUUCUUUCCGCAGGACAAAUUCAACCCCGAAAAUCCUUGAAAAUAAGUGUUUCUCUAGUUUGUUUUAGACAUUUGUUUGUUUUAGACAACCAAUAAUUUUCUAAUUAAUUUAAUUGAUGGAAUUUUCUAAAUGUUAAUGUAUUUUGUUUUUAGUUUUUCUUGAUUGAGUGUAGGUUAGAUAUUUUCAAAAUUGGUUUCUUCACCUCAAAGGAUUCUGAAGACUGAAGCAUCAAAACCAAUGUAUGGUGGCAAGGAUGCUCUGUUUUAUUAAUCCCAUUAAAUGUUGCUACCAUGGAGUAAUCGAGUGUGUAUAUAUAAGAGUUUAUUUCGAGGGAAGUGUAAUUAAGGUUAUAAAUAGGGUUUAAUAAAGGUAGAAAACAUUUUUUUAUUGUAACAAGAGGAAAUUCUGAGGUAACAGAGUCAGAUUAUUCAAACAAUCCGGGUGAUUUUGUCUUCUAGUCUUGUUGCUUUUGAAAGCAUCAAACGGAAGAGGUUUGUAUGAAAGUUUCCAUUACCUUAGAAAAAUGUUAGAGACAGUAACAUCAUUUAAC